UUUUUUUUAUUGUACUAUAACAUUGAUUUAAGAUGGGAAAAAAUAAGACUGACAAAGUCAAGCAGGAAGAUUGUAGUGUGAGAAAGCGGAGAUCGACCAGAUCUUUGAUAAAUUAUGCAGAAGAGAAUGAAAAUUGUGGUAAUUCUGAUUCUGAUUUUGAACCAAAUAAAACACAUAUAAACCAGACAUCCAUAAUUGAUGAUGAAAGUUCCCAUGUAGAUCAAAGCCGUGGUAAAAGAAAGAGAAAACAAAAAAAAAAGCCGAACGACUCAAAUGUAGCUUUUGCUAAAGACGAAUCAGAUGAGGAAGUAGUGUUAAAGUCUUUUAUAGGCCGUCCAAAUUUGUCUGAAGAUGAGAGCUCAGACAGUGACGAUGAUACACCUAUUUCAAAAUUGUGUAAGGUUUCGUCCGAGAAUGGAGCAAAAGUUAAAAUGCUGGAGCAGGAUGAUGUGAGGAAAAUUUCACAUGAUGAUGUAAGAGUAAAUGGCUUGAGUAAUGAACAGUCAAUACAACUGACAGACGAAAAUAAAAUUCUGAUUAAAGAAAAUGAUUGUGAGAUAAAAAAGGAAAAUGUUGUAGUUGACCCAACAGUUUUGAAAAGUUUAAAAGGAAGAUCUUCAAAAUUAAGAAAAAGAGAUAGAAGAAGCAAUGUUAUUUGGGAUCAACCAGACAGGAAACCAGAUGUUGAUCACAUAAAUAACACAAACACGUGUAUAAAAGAAAAAGAUGGUGUUUCUAGUAAUGAAAGCAGUGACAACUGGGAGGAAGUUGAUGAAGCUGUAAUUAAGCUCUCUCCAAAAAGGAAAAAGAUUAAGAAAAAGGAGAAGGAAGAGGAGAAAAAAGAAGAGAAGAUGGAAAUAAAAGACUUACAAAUCAGUGUCGGUGUUAAAUCAAUCCAUAAAAAGAGGAGAACUCGUGAAGAGAAAUUGUUCAUCUGGUUGCGACAGUUGGUUGGUCGAUUCCAGAGGGAACGUCAAAUUUUACUACACAAAUGUCAUUUGCUAUCGUUACUGGCGAAGGCGUUGAAAGAAAACAAACUAUGUAGCAACAAGAUAUGCAUGGGUGUAUGUAUGUCAUUAAUACCAUCUGAGUUCUUCAAGCCUUCACAUAAUCGAUGGGAUAUAAGUCAUCUGAGAAAGUUUAUUGUUUGGUUUCAAAAAGAUAUUCCUUCCGUUGAUGAACUUUUGUUGUUUAUUGAUAAGGAAGCGAGUAAAAUGAAGUAUUUAAAAAGAAUACACAUAUUUGUCACACUGUUGAGAGCCAUUGGAUUUUUGGCAAGAUUAGUGAUAUCUCUUCAGCCAUGUGCUGCCAAAAUAAAACAAGGUUCAGUCUCAUCACCAGAUACGCUUGAAUCCACAGAAACUACUUCCAAGAAGACACAUGCUUCAGUCUCAUCACCGUAUUUCGCAGACAAGAAUAAUAAAAAUUCACAAGCCAUUUCAUCAAAGCCAAAGGGAAAUAAAAAAGUUGCCCUGAAGAAAAAAGUCUCCAAGAUUGAAGAAAACCCAACAAAAAAUAAAAGUAGCCAGUCCAAACACAAAACAGAAGUUAGUACUGAAGAAAAGAAAGAGUAUGGUAAACGACUAAGAAAGAAAACAAGCAACUACGCCGUCCCUGAACAAUCAAAUAAUAGUGAUGAUGAUAAAGAGGAAGAUAAGAUUUUUGACUCUUCAAAGACACCUCGAAAAAUUAGGAUACCGAAUAAAUCUACUCCGUCUUCCAGUAAAAAAAAAAAUUCAGGUAUAGAUGAGUGGAUAGAAGUGUAUUUACCGACAAUGCAGAAAUGGAUAAGUGUUGAACUAGUCAGUGAGAGUAUCAACCAACCAGAAAAAAUUGAGGCAGUUGCUACAUCACCUUUAAAAUACGUUGUGGCUAUAGAUAACGAUCACAGGGUAAAGGAUGUCACAUGUCGAUAUGCAAUCAAGUGGCUAAGCUACAACAGAAAACUUCGCGUUGAUCGUGAAUGGUGGGCAAAGUCUUUGGAAGCUUACAAACCACCUGAUAACACAUUAAAUUCUACAGAGGAUGCUCAACUCAAAAAGCACUUGCUGCAACAGGACUUUCCGAAGACUAUAUCAGAAUUCAAAGACAAUCCUCUUUACGCUUUAUCAAGACAUUUACUGAAGUUUGAAGCUAUCUAUCCAGAGUCAGCAGUUCCUUUGGGUUAUAUCAGGAAUGAAGCUAUUUAUUCACGAGACUGUGUCCAUCAGCUGCACACAAGGGAGACGUGGAUGAAAGAAGCAAGAGUAGUAAAAGCUGGCGAACAAGCAUACAAAAUCGUGAAAGGGAGACCAAAACGAAACACACCUUUGCAUGAAAGGGACAAUGUGAAAGUUGAGGUCUUUGGAUUGUGGCAGACUGAACCUUAUGUACCACCACCUGUCAAAGACGGAAAAGUUCCGAAGAAUGAAUACGGAAAUGUGGAGUUGUUUAAGCCAAGUAUGCUUCCUGCCGGUGCCGUACAUCUACCGAUGAGUAACAUGCAAAAGAUUGCUAGGAAGUUGAAUGUCGACUAUGCUCCUGCAAUGAUGGGUUGGGAUUUUCAUGGUGGAUUCUGUCAUCCUGUAAUUGAAGGGGUUGUCGUGGCAAAAGAAUUUGAAGACAAACUACUGGAUGCUUGGAGACGAGAUGAAGAAGAGUCUCGGCAAAAAGAGAAGGAGAAACGUGAAAAAGCGGUUUACGAACGUUGGAAACGACUUAUCAAAGGUCUGCUUAUUCUCCAUAAAUUGAAAAACAAAUACAAUUUUGAGCUGGACGAAGAGGAGCAGAAACCAAAAAACCCGAAAACCCAGAAGAAGGAAAAACGGAUUACUAAGCCAAGGAAAAGGAAAACAGAACAGAAGGGAAGCAAGGAUGAAUAUUCAGAUUUAUCUGUGUCGUGGCCGAUGAACAGGCAGUCUGGCACCACAUCCCUAAACACAGAAGGUCACGUUCAUGUGUUUCUUGAAGCCAAUCACACACGAGAUCCAGUUGACAACAGUCUAAUAAAGGUGUGUUCAUGUGGGUUGAAACUCCCACUCGAUACUGAAGAGGCUUUAUGAGGAUUUGUUGUACAAAAGGAUUUGCUCACUAUACGUUGUGGAACGUUUUGUAUAUCUAUAUGUAUAUCUGUUUUAUGUAUUGUAUGAUGUUUUGAGUAUGUAUAGUACUUGUACAUACCUUAUUUUUAGGAAAUUAAAGGUGGAUUUCCAUAGAGCAGCAUUUUGCGCUGCUACAAUUUACUUGUGCAUUCGUAGUAGACAAAAAUGCCGCUGGUUCAGAGAUUUUUGUGAUCCAGCGAUAGUAUAAAUCUCGCAAAGUUGAAUUCAUUUAACUUUGUAGGGAAGCUUUUGAGCGAUAGCCCAUCAGAUCAAAAAUAAAAUGAUUGCAUCAACCUUUACAUCGCUUGCACCAUUUUAAAACAAAUUGACAUUUGAACUUAAUUGAAAUUAAACAAGCGAUAAAAUCGCCGACUCAAAAAUUUCCGUCACAUUUUUGCGGUCAGGCGCAAAAAUCUGCUUUAUGGGAAAUUUAGGAAUAGAAUAGACAUAUGCUACGCCCGUGCUCAUAAAAUAUUCGUCACGCCUCUGUUUGGUUUAGCUCAUACACAUAAAUUCAGCUCGGCACAGCAUAGCUUAUAAAUAUAUAUGUAUAUUUUUAUAACCCGGUAAAGCCUAGAACAAAAAAACAUGUAAACGAAGUUGUUUUAUAUCCGUUAUGUUUACUUUUUUAAGAUACUGUAGUAUUUAUGUUUAUGUUUAUUAACAAGGUAUUCGUUACCUAGCAACGCAUUGUAUACAUUAUGACAAUUACACUUCACCGGACAGUUGUGUUUGGACUCCGUAAA